CUUUAACAACGAGAGAAGAAAAAAACGUGUUAAGACUUUAUUAAAAUAAGCUGUGGCAGAGUAAGAAGAAUACAGUCUUAAUAAGGAUAAUACAAUAUUUCUUUUCAGCACGUCUUUGUUUUAAAGGAGCACUCACAUAAGUAAAAUAACGCAUCUUUAACAAAUCUACAUUUACAGCAAAUGUGACGCGUUUUCCCCUUUCUUUUAUGCGAAGAAAUCCCCGCCUCAUUCCUUGGGUUAGACUUGGACUUGCUCAGCUCUCUGCCAACAAACUCCAGGGAGUUCAACACAAAAGCACCGGAUGCUUCGUAUACUAGACGAUGGGACUCAUUUUGACUCUGGUCUGCUGGUGUCUGCUGCACUCGAUCUACAUUUCAGCAUUAGAAGGGCAGAGCUUCCUGAUAAAGAAUGCACACCUGGAAAAAUGUGUUCAUGCCAGUCACAAGAAGAAUCGUGUAUCCCUUGUUGAGUGCAACCCCUACUCUCCAUAUCAGCAGUGGAGCUGGGAUUUUAACAGUGAUUCCAUAGUCAGCAUGAAAAGCAGAGAGUGCCUACUUGUCCACAAACCUGCAGAAUUCAGUCAUGUGAAACUAGGAUCAUGUGAGAAUAACAGCAACAGUGCUUGGAGUUGUACAAAGAAAGGCCUGCUUGUCCUACAAGGCCUCGGCUUGUAUCUGAAUGCAAGGCAGGGCACAAACAGUGUAUUUGUGUCAAGAGAGAAGAAUAAGCUCAGCAAGUGGAAAACCAUGGAAAACAAAACAGUGUGCCCUAGUGAUGGAGACAACCAUAAAUGGCAGCACAAUGUUGUGAAGGAAGAUGGAAAUCCAAAGCCAGUGCACUUAAUUGCAGAAACUUUUGUAACUAGUGCAUCAGAAGUGAAACCAUCGACCACAAAAUCUAUUGCCAGAAUCAUUCCUUCGAUUUUUACUGAUGAAUUAAAUAACACAGAUCUGCAAGCCGUGGAUAAAAGGAUAAUUGAAGAUGGCAUCACUUGGAAGAUGACCAUGUUGGUUCUGAGUACCGUUGUUUUGUUUUUGGGGCUGGUGAUACUUCUGAUCAAUGUCCAUUAUAACAGGAAGAAGAAGAAGUUUUCAGCUUUAAAGGCAUACCCCCAAGUGAAUGAUUGUACAAGGGCUGAUGAAACACCAGAUGAACAGACGUUGCUAGUGAAUCCAUCGGGACACUCUCCACAAAAUAUACAAGGCUCACGAUCACCAUCUUUGAGGCAUGGGGAAAUCAUAAUUGAAUGGAAGGAUGGGACUAUAACAUCUCUCUAUGACAGCACUGAUGGGCUAGCAGGCUAACUCAGAUAAUGCAGUAGCAAAAUGAGAGAGAAUAAUAAAGCAAUUAACAUUAUUUUUAGCAAACAGUAGACAGUGACACAAAGAAAAAAGCUAUUGUAAAAUGUUUAGACCUGUGCAGUAUCUUGCUUUAUAACUGCAGUAAUAUGCAAUGCGAUGGAGGCAUGUUUAAAUAUUAACAGAUUCAACUGGCAUUGACUCAAAAAAGUGUGCUUGUCAGUUCCAUAUCAAGAGCAUGACUGCAUUGACCAUUUGCCCUGAGGCUCUAAUUACAACUAAGGCUGCCAGCAAUCUGUAUGAGGCUAUUUGACUUGUAGAUAUUUUACUGCCCUAUACCAUUUCAGUUCUAUAAACAGUGACAGUAGGAGUGGAGCAGAACAUAUUGCACACAGUUAUUCAACCAAAUGAAUACUAAGCUCUGAAAAUUUAGACAGCUAAAGUAACCCCUAUUUUAUUUUAAUCAGUUUUCCUUUCUUCUGUAUUUUCCCCACUGUAGCUGCCAAAGUGAAGGUGUCUAGUCUGUCAUUAAUGCCUCCAGGCUGGAGUCUGCCAAGAACUCAGUCGCUCACUGUUAGAACCCAGAGUCUGGCAGGUAUCCAGACCCUCUAGUGGCAACUUUCCCAGUGCAGAAUUUGUCAGGUACCCAAUCCAGUCAUGUCUUUAUAUCCAAUCUAGGUUCUGUCAGAUGCUCAGCCAUGUGCUGUGAACACUUGCAGCCUGUUAAAUUCCAGUCAGUGGUUAUCCAUAUUCCCAGCCCAGAUUCUGUCAAGUGGCCAUUCUGCCAGCUUCCAAUUCACAAAAUAAAGAAAAUGAUCAUAUACAAAUAGAAAGUGCAACCUUGAUAUCUUUCCUACAUUUUAUUUUUUGGUUCCUCCCUUUUGUACUACAGACUCAAAUAAACAGUACAAACUUGCAUACAAAAGUGAAUGCCCACUAACAUUUGACACUACUCCCACUGUGGGCAUUGGCACAAAUCCAACCUCUCUCAUUGUGCACUACCCAUAAUAAAGAACACGUCCUUUGUAAUUAUCUGUUUUCAGAUUUUUCCUGAAUCCGGGUAAUACUUCACUGCAAUAUCCUUUCUCCUCUGCUUUAAGGAUAUUGGGCAAAUGGUCACUACUUAAGUAUGAAGUUCGUUAUGCUGAACACUGGUAGGUGCCUAGUUCAGAAGUAUCCACUUUUUUCUUUUCUUUUCGUUUUCAGUAAUGUAUCAUUUGUUACAUCCACAGCUUACCAUUCUGCUGCUACAGAUAUCCUGUAACAUCCUCAACAAUAUUAGUGUGAUAUAGUACAUAGAAUUAUUGAACAUUUUGAAUGCAAGAACCAAUAAAGAGUAAGAUUUCAUUCA